AUGUCCUCUGGACCUAGAAUUGAUGUCAGAGACAUGGCCUCGGUCGACUCUGACGUAGAUAUGCGUACGCCUACCUUCGUAUUGUCAUCUCAAAGCGGUCCAUCAACAAACUCUCUACAACAUCAUAUCGCCUCGUCUCAAUCACACUCUGAUCAACCGACGACGUCCAUCCCCGCAAACAGUGCUUUGAUAUUUCAUCCUGGACCAGGAUCAGAGCCAGAUGUUUCACCAAACACUUCCACCCUUCCUCGCGCUGUCGAACCACUCAAAAUCCCACAACCACAUUUAACAUCAAACGAAAUCAAGUCCACAAUCGAAUCACCUUCAACAUCAACGACAACAAGUUCAGCCGGCGGCAGAAGAGGCUCACUAGCAGCUUGGAAAAUACCUCAUUUCGGAGAAGCAUCCAAAAACAAACUCAACAGCAACAGCAACAGCAAUAUCGGUGGUAAUAGAAGUAAUCCAACAACGCCAUCACGCGAAACGCAGAACCCAAUCAACAUGCAAAUGAGACCCACUUCUUCCAAAGGUAAAGAAGUGAUUGAGAUGACUUCCGUCCCAAUAACAGAUGGUGUAAUCGGUAAUGUAGGAUUGAAGCAAACAGGGGAUCUAGUAAUUGAAAAAUCGAAAGAGGAUUUAGCCAUGGCUAAAUGGAGAAAAUGGGUAGUGGAACAACCUAUACAAACUGUUUCACGUGAUGUUUCACCUAUAAGAUCAGCUUGUGGUAGCCCGGUCAAUGGGAUACCGAUGGUUCCACUGGGAAUGUCUUCAGUAUCACCUCGAAUGAGUUCAUUAUCAUCACCUCGAACCAACGUAUCACCACGCCAGGCUUUUGGUGGAGCACCUUUGGAACCAACUGGAUCUGCUGAAUCAUCUCACUCUGCAAGUGGUCGAUCGUCCGCAUAUCCACAUACACCCAAAUCACUAAGGAACGGUUCAGGUGAAUAUGAAGUAUUCAACACUGAAUCAGUGAUGGCUUUGAGAGACGUUGAAUUAGCUGUUGAUGAGGAAGUUUUGGAAAGAAAUGGAAAUGCCAAACUUGCUACAAGAAGAAUGUCAACUCAACCUAGGAUAUCAGAAUUACCAAAUCCAUUCGCAGAUUUAGCACAAAGAUUGGGAUCAAGAAGAGUCAGACCGAUUGUAUUAGAAUUAAUCCAAGCUUUAGGUCAUUAUCUUGAUGUUGUAUGGUGCAUCACCUAUCCUAAUCGAUCUUGUCCCUGGAUAAUUGGUGUGAACGAAAGUCCCGUUCCUGCUUCGAUCAGAAGAAUGGCAUUGGCUCACGGCAACGAUCCCUCAUGCCAAAUGAUUUGGAAAUCACCAAUGAUCACCGCUGUUCAAGAAGGCAAGAAAAAAGGUCACGUAACACAACAUCCUACAGCUAAGGAUGUAAGAUUCUGGGGUGAUGAAGUGACCUUUGCUAUCAGAGAUGUGGACGAAGUCGUCGGAAUAUAUAAAGGUGCAGGAUGGGCUUUCGGUGCCGCAAUGAGAGAUGGUGAAUAUGGUGCCGUAUCUCCAGAUAACGUGUUAGGUUUCAAAGGUGAAGGUGGUGGUAUGGCUAGAUUAUUAAAUGAUCUAGAAGAAGCCAUUUGGGGUGACGCACAACCUAGACCGACGGAUCUAUCCUAUGAUCUACCCAUCGAUUUUGAUCCUUACGCUAUAUUAGACGAUCAAGAAAUGUUAUUGGCAUCUUCUGUACCUGGUAGAGGUGUUUCUGGAUCAGGAGCCGGGGGAAUUGGUAGAUCAGGAUCAGCAUUAACUGAUUUCUUCGGUGAAAGUCGAAUUACAACCACAUCGUCAUCGAAUUCCGGAUCAACAUCGAACGUCUUACCUAUAAUGGAAGAAGAGAUUGAUGCUUUACCUGAUUUGAUUGGAAAUGAUGCAGAUCAAUAUAAUAUUCAUCAAGAUCAAGACAAUGUAUCGAUUUCAGAAAACGAGAAAAUCAGAUCACCCAAUUUACCAUCAUCAUCUUCUUCAUCCAGACCGGAGAUCACAAGAGCGAAAUCGUCAACGAUAACUAUACCCGGUUUAGGCGAAAUUCCAAAUUCAGAAGAAUUAUCUUUGGAAGAAAUAGGUAAAAGAAGACAUCAAGAAUGGUUACAAAGUCAAAGAUCACAUGCGAAUGCUUGGUAG